AUUCUUCGAGUGCCUUUCAGUCCGCCGAGAAAAUGAAAAAGCGCGGGUUUUCAAUGUCGUCUGCAAGCGAAGCUCGGUUGUGGACAAACGGAUGUACGUGAAUAUAGUAUGGACGGUAUCAUACCUGGAUUUUGAGCAGAUUUUUCGCUUUCUCCCAGCAUGAUUAAGCAUUCAAGAAUACAAAAUUGUUAACUCGCGACGAUAGCUGAGAACUUCUUGAUGAAAAGUGCAUGCUUCUCUCUUGAAAUAACAGCGAGGAGUAUUUCACAACGACGUACACACGACUAUUGGCUUACAACGUGAUGCUGUGUUGAGAAGACUCAACAGCAUAAAGGUGAGGAUAACCUGACGUCUGUGAUUACCAUCAUGUGCCUCUACAACUCCUUUGGAUUCCAUAUAUGAAACAACCGCUUCCAAAAGGUGAUAGCCUUCAACAACUCUGUCCAUUACCACACACACAUUAGCGCCUUACACCAUCAACCAACAUGCAGAACAACGGGUCGGACCCAGUCAUAGAUCCAGACGCUGGAUGUGGUGACAUGUUCGUGUCCCAACACUCCAUCUACCAACUAGGAUCCUUCGUUCUCUUCAACGGGUUCCUGGUCCCGCCAAACGUCGGUAUAGCCCAGGCCUUGUGGCUCCGGUCCACCUUAGUCAUAGGUGGGUUCUGCCACGUACUCUGGUCUGGGCCCGUUCUGUGCUGGCCCGAUGCUUUCGGGUGGAACAUGGCGGCCUUGUUUCUCAACUUGGCCCAUCUUUUGUACCUCCUCUAUCUCGUGUACCCGACACACUUUGAAGAGGAGGUUGAGAAGGUGUAUGAAACCCACUUCCAUCCGUUUAACAUCACAAAGAAAGAAUUCAAGAAGAUUCUAGACUGCGACGGGGAAAUUUACGAGUUAGAUGCAACAGGGAGGUACGCGGCGGAGAACAAAACGAGAACGGAUAAACAGAUAGCUAUGCUUUUGACUGGAAGAAUGAUUGUUUCAGCAGGAGGUCAGUUUCUGCACUACAUCCAUCCUACACAGUUUCUCGACUCUCCCGAGUGGGAGGCUAGCAGCGACGGCACAAAGAGUAAAUUUCAGGUGACGAUCACGGCCGACAUCGACUGCCGUUACAUCCAGUGGCGACGUCGUAAGCUGGAAAACUUCCUCCGCCGCGAGCCCUUCCUCCGUUCGGUGUUCGAGACAACGAUUGGGAAGGACAUCACCAAAAAGUUGUACGGCAUCGACGAGCCCAUGGAACCUCCCAUCACGGCACGCAUCGAGAAGGAAACUGUCGAGGCCGGCGAGAACGAUGUUGCCCAAGCCUCCGGUGUCGAGCCAGCCCUCGAUGCCGCUGACACCGACUCCCAGGAGCUGCUAAGCCACAAGUGGGAGCGAGUAAUAUCCGAGGACGAUGACUCCAGCACCCAACCAGGCGGCCAGGUCAGCGGUGGAGCUGGACUAGGAGGUGGUGGUGGACCGGGUGGACCGCUGCAGGGUAGGCUCAGCAUCCCCGCCAGUCACGACGGGACAAGCUCCGAUGUCAGCGUCAAGUCGGCACGGUCGAUCGUCGACAUACGAGCCAGUAUAGCAUCGGGGAGAGGGGCGGCCGACUUCGGGUCACGACGAUCGCGGUUGGGCAGCUCACCCGACGCUCAGUCGGGCGGUGAUGGAUCAUGGUGGCAUUUCUUCUAAGAGUGAACCCACUUCAAUGAUUUGACUUUAUAGUUUCAGACAGUCAUCAGUGGCGUAUCUAGCUUCGGGUGAAGCCGGUUGUAGCCCCCUGACCCCUUUGAAGGCCCAAGAAAAUGCUUUUACAUCAUGAGGGGGCUACCUGAGUAAAUAUGGCUUCUCGUCUGUGGUGGAUUCUUUCACUUGUUUAUCAAUUAUGAGGAUACGCCUCUAGAUAAUUACAUGGUGCCAGUGGCAAGGAAAUGGAGUUGGAGGCCCUUCCGUACCCCUAUCCCCCGCAAUGAAUGAUAGAAAAAAUAGAGUAAGGAAAAAAAUUGGAGAAAAUGAAAGGGAGUGGGGAAUGGGGUCAUGAAAAAGGAAUCAUGGGACCCCCUCACUUACCCUUCCCCUAAUAACUGUUUUCUUAUUAAUUUGUACUCCAUCCACCUGAUAAAAAUGGUGCCCUCUACCCCCAGAUGCCAGCCACCCUCCUCAAUGGCUGGGUCUACCUAUACUAUUGCCCCUUUCUACACACUUACAAGGAGAUGUCUGGGGAUAAUUGUCCAUGGGUGUUAGGCUUUAAUAGUUAUUGUGAUAUUAUAAUUAACUAUUUAUAUGAUUUAUUAUAAUUAGUGUGAUGGCAUAUGAACCUUUGCAGUGUAACGAUACGUUGCUCAUAACCUAGAAUGUUGUAAGUUUAUUAUUCAUAAUUAUGUAAUAUCAAACAAAGUUGAAGCAUUUUUAAUAUGAUAACGCAGUGAUUUUCUGUGAUCAAUGAAGAUAAAGAAUCGAAGGUAAACUGUCCCUAAAAACCGUGUUUGCUUUUACCCUACGCAUGAUUUCACAAAUAGGGGCCCUAAACACAUCACCGACUUUUACAGAAUAUAAGAAAGUUUCCAUAAUACCCCCCAUUAUU